UAUACAGUUAAAUUAAUUAAUAAUCUGCUGAAAUUCUAUUUAAAUUAAAGUGCUGCUGAUAUGUAUUUUAUGUAAAUUUAUUUUAAAAGUCAUUUUUAAUAUUUGAUUUCCACUAAUAUUUUUAGCUUAACCUUUGCUUGAAAAAAGAUAAUUGUUUAAUUAUACCGAACCAAACCUAAUCUAUCUAAACCAUUGAUUGAACCAUUUAACCGGUUAUCUACAAAGGGGGAAAAUCUAUUAGUCCUUCCUUCUUCCUCGUUCCGCUCCGGCUUCACAUUGUCGCCGACGCAAAGCAAGCUUCUCCGAUCUUCGAUCUUCCUCAUCCGCCAAAAGGAGAAUGGCUACAGCUACGUAUCCGCCGCCUCCUCCGUAUUACAGACUCUACAAGGAUUACUCUGAAAGCCCUAGCUCUGUUCCUGAACCUCCGUCUCCGAUUGAAGGAAGCUACGUUUGUUUCGGUGGCAAUUAUACUACGGAGGAUGUUCUUCCAAGCUUGGAAGAGCAAGGAGUUCCACAGCUUUAUCCCAAUGAUUCAAUUGUUGAUUACGAGAAGGAACUCCGGUCUUUAAAUAGAGAACUCCAGCUACAUAUAUUGGAGCUUGCUGAUGUUCUCGUUGAAAGGCCUUCUCAAUAUGCAAAGAGAAUUGGUGAAAUAUCCUCAGUCUUCAAGAACUUGCAUCACCUUCUCAAUUCCCUGAGACCUCACCAGGCGAGAGCAACGCUUAUUCACGUUAUGGAGCUUCAAAUUCAACAGCGGAAGCAAGCUGUGGAGGACAUUAAGAGGAGGAGAGAAGAAGUACAGCGACUUCUAAAGGAUGCGUUCAUCACUUUAGAUGGACAAUAGAGUGACCCAUUUCAUGUAAAACUUAUUUCUCUGAUUGCUACCUUCCAAGCUUAUUUGACCAAGACUUGGGUAGAUACAGUGUACAUGGAAUGUAUUAUACCAGAACUAACCGCUUCUUUUCUUCUUGAGAAAAGUAAACCGGUUAUAUAAUACGCCCAGAAUGAACCGGAGUUAGAUAUGAA